GCCAAGUCUGACACAUUGUGUUGUCAUUCUAGUGUAUAACACACUACAAGGCAUAAGCCACCACUCCCCUUACGGCCUCAUUCUCGAGUCAUACAUGCCAUAGCCAGGAAUCAGCUGUAACUAGAUAAAGCCACCUGGCUACAGCACGACUAACAUCCCUCGUUUAAAUCCAAAUCCUUCCAAUUAUGCAUGCGGCGUAUGGCACUCCUGAUUAAGGUAGGUAUAAUCUCAACGUAGGAUCCAAGUUGACCUUGAGGAUCGACAUGGAGGGUCUCUAGGCACACGUGGGGCUAAUGCUGUAAUUAACAAAUUAAGAGAUGAGGACUUCUACCCGAGUCUUCUAUAUAAAGAUGCUAAAUCACCCCGUUCUUUUAUUACACUUCUAAAGCUGCUUUCCUAUCAUACUACCGUUACUACUAUCAAGUCUGUUUUAUAUUAUCAACAUGCAGUUCACCUUCAUUACCAUGUUCGCCGCCGUGGCUAUGGCCGCCUCUAUCAACCAGCCGCGUGCCCCGUGCAUAGACAAAAUCGCCAACGGCGGCUCCUGCGGUGGCUUUUACCCUAUACCUUGCGAUGUUCAGCAAAGUCCAUAUGCAGGGCCGAUCCCUAGCUGCUGUAUUCAGGGCAUCAUUUGCAGCACAGCAUAAACGGUUGUCGGCAAUGCAUACGUAUCUCGCUCCUACGCUUUAGGGCCUACAACACAGGCAAUAGCCAGGAAGAAGAUAGUAGCGGUGAUUUUCUAUGUUUAAGGCAAGGCAGUCUUUGGGGUAGAUGCGAUAUUGAACACCAAGUACAGGGGAAUCCACUUCCCAGAUGCUAGAACUUUCACUUCUUAAGGCUUUCACGCUGAUACUAUUACAACAUCCAUAUGCAACAUUGGCGCAUCUAUCGAAUUUCCCUACUGUCUCUAAUGUUUUGUCAAUCUACGUUUUUACCAUGACUAGGCGGUGAGCGUGUAGAAGAGAUUUGUCAGACAGAGCUUUAGGUAGCCAGUUAAAAGAGGCCGACUAUAUUGAUUCCUGUGGAGGAGUUUUUAUUCUACGGCGGGGUAGAUCUAGAAGAUAAUACGUGACACGCGCUUACACUAGAUCGCGCACCCUGCUGACUUAAUACUGCCGAGCUUUAUACCCACCUGUAUGUAACCUUAAAUCCAAC